GACGCGCGUCUUCCUGGUAUUGCCCUCUGUGUGCAGCCGCCGGUAGGAGACGACAUCAUCAUGGCUUCAAGGUUACUGUUCCGCAGCGCUGUCCGCGCCUUUACCAGAACCAGCGCCGUGCGGGCGGCCGCCCCCGCCAGGUAUAUGUCUGCUGGAGGUAUUCCCACCGAUGAGGAGCAGGCUACCGGUAUGGAGAAAGAAAUUCUUACUGCAUUGAAGCACGGUGAUGAUCCAUACAAUAUGCUGAAGCCUAAGCAUUACAAAGGGACCAAGGAAGACCCUCAUAUCGUCCCCUCCAUUAAUAACCAGAGGAUUGUGGGUUGCAUCUGUGAGGAGGAGAACACCGCUGUCGUCUGGUUCUGGGUGCACAAGGGAGAGCCCCAUCGCUGCCCGUCUUGCGGUGCUCAUUACAAGCUGGUACCAGCCGGGCACCACCACUAAUGGACACAUGACAGCCUCUCCUCUUGCUUGUUGCUAGUCUGUGCUUUUAACUAAAUUUAAGUUUACAUUGUGUUAUAUUUUAUUCCUCUUUGGCUGGGGACCAGUAAUACAAUAAUACAUGCACCCAGCCUUUA